UGUAUUCAAAAUGGCGGCAGUCAAUCGAAGAGGAAGACUUGUAGCGUGUUAUUUUCUUUUGCGUGUGCUGAGAAGAAGGCGAGAGCGAAAGCAAAAAAGAAAACAUCGUUUUUGAGUUCGUCCCAUGUUUCAAAGAAGAGAACGUCUUGGAAUUUUUCAUACUCUUGUUCAAGAAUUGUCACAAAGGAAACUGGAACUCAACAAAUCUUUAAGUGUGAUGUAACCUUGACUGGCGACAGCACUGUGAAAUUUUUUCAUAACAAUAAGAAAAUAAUUGCAAGCGACAGAAUCAAAGUCAACGGAACAUUUCUCAUCAUGUCUGAUUUAAAAGUGUUGGAUGGUGGGCAAUAUUCAUGUAUUUUUGAUAGUAAAAAAACAAUUUUCUUGGGUUAUCUUAUUGUCCAACCAGCAAGAAAAUAUAAAUUUACGAUUUAUCCAGAAGAUGUGACCAGUAGAGUUACUGAAGGCUCAAACUUUGAAUUUCGUUGUGAGUAUGGAAAAGGAUCAACAAAAAUUAAAUGGUCCAGACGACGAAGACUAAAUGGUACAGAAGUUGAGGAUUAUGUUCCUGAAAAUCUUAUUACUGUUAGAACAACUCCUCAAAAAAGUGUUGAAGUGUAUCGCAUUCCAAGAGUGUCUAUAAACGAUGCAGGUGUUUACAGAUGUAAAGUUGAUGGAAAAAAUAACAGGAAAAUUUUAUCCGCAACACGCAUUCUAGAAGUCAUAGAAAGAAGAGCGGCUAAAUUUAAAUCUGUGAAAAAAUCUUUUAAUUUUAAUGAAACUAAGAAAGCUGAGAUAACGCUUUUUGUUGAGGAAUUUCCAUUUCCAAAUAUCACUUGUUAUAAGGAUGGCAAAGAAAUUAUAUUUUGUAUUGGAAAAAAAAUGAAAAAUAUUCCAAAAAUCGAUUCAUUGGCCUGCGAACAGGAUCAGUAUGGAUUAAACGGUGUCCCUCAGUUGAUUAUCCAAUCAAUCUCUUUUGUGAGAGAUGAUGGAAACUACAAAUGUGUUGCCACUACCAACAAUCCUCCUGGGAGGGACGUUGUUUCAUUUUACGUCAAUGUUGGAGGUACAAACGAAUGUCUCCUAAAUAACGGAGGAUGUAAUCAACUUUGCAAUAAUACGAAAGAAGGUUUCAGUUGUUCUUGCCAUCCUGGAUAUCAAUUGGAUCCAACCAACUCGAGUCGUUGCAUUGAUAUAAAUGAAUGUUUAGUGGAAAAUGGUGGCUGCUCUCAACUAUGUAACAACACUAUGGGAGGAUACGAAUGUCAUUGUAGAGUGAUGUAUGAACUUGAUUUGGACGGAAAGACAUGCAAACAUUUUCGGUUUCCCAGUACAAUCAAAAUUAUUGAGGAGCUGCUUGCAGAAGUUAAAGCCUUACAAAGAUGGUUUUCUCAAUUAACAUUGAAAAACGACGAAUGUUUGUAUAAAGGAAAAACUUAUAAGAACAGAGACAAUUGGGACGACGGUGAAUGUCGUCGUUGCUAUUGUCAGAAUGGUCAAGUGCUAUGUUUUCAAGAAAAAGCUUGUUUUCAAGAAUGUAAAGUAAAAAAUGAAUCCACCACUGAUCUCCAAAAAAUACGAAUGGCUGCAAAACGAAGAAACGCAAUAUGAGAUCAAGUAAAAGUAAUCUUUUUUGUAUAAUUAGACCAUUUAGAAGCUACACACAAGUCCAUUGUAGAGACAAAAUUUGCUAAUCAUUAGCUAAUUUUAGUAGUAUACAGUGAGAAUCUAUUUAAUAAUUGUGAACAUAAUAAUAGAAAAUGAUUUACAAUACAGAAAAACAUUUAAUAAAUAUACACGUCUUUUUUAGCAAGAAA